AAAGACUCCGCGGCUUGGGCCACGAAGACUACACUUCCCAUGGUGCUUUAAGGGGCGACACAAAAGGGCACAAGAGGAAUCCGGUCGGAGUCUGCCCCCGAAAUUUGGUGUUUGCUCCUUUUGCGUCGCGUCCCGGCUUCUCAUCAGGAUCGUAACGCGAAAACAAACGCGCGUGUCCCUAUUCAUACAGCCAUGGACCCCGAGGAUGAUCAGUGCCUCAAGGGAGAAACCCAGGAGGAGACCCAUGAGCAAAUGGACCCUAUUCUGUUGUUUCCCAAACAACCACCUGAGAAGUUAUUGGAAGAGAGCAAGGACUCCCAGGAUUCUGAGCAGCCCGAAGGGAUCAGUGAGAACGAUGUGCCACCCCACAAGGAUACAUUUGCCGGGAAGAUCUGCUUGGACUAUGACAGUAGCCCUCCGAGGAUCCACUCGGACAACCGUCCCUUCAAGUGUGAUGUUUGUGACAAAAGCUUCCGCCACAGCUCCAGCCUUUUGACCCACCGCAGGCUCCACACGGGGGAGAAGCCUUACAAAUGCACCGACUGUGGGAAAAGCUUCAAUACCAGCUCUGCCCUGAUCGUGCACCGCCGGACCCACACUGGGGAGAAAUCAUAUGUCUGCUCUGACUGCGGGCGGUGCUUCAGUGAAGGUUCAGUUCUCAUCAAGCACUGGAGGAUCCAUACAGGGGAGAAGCCCUAUAAGUGCCCUAUUUGUGGGAGAGGCUUCCGGCAGAGCUCUCAGCUCCGGGCCCACGAACGGACCCACACAGGGGAGAAACCCUACGAGUGCCAGGAUUGUGGGAAGUGCUUCAGUACCAGUUCCAAUCUCUCAGCCCACCAACGAACCCACACCGGAGAAAAACCUUAUAUCUGCUCUGAGUGUGACCGGCGGUUCGGGCACAAGUCCCACCUCAUCUCCCACCAGAAGACCCACACGGAGAAGCUGCAUGCUUGUCCAGACUGCCCGGCCAGCUUCCGAAUGCUCCACCAGCUCCUGGUCCAUCGCAAGUCACAUCAGGACGACCGGCGCUACAAAUGUUUGCUUUGUGGGAAAACCUUCAGCUACAGUUCAGCCCUUCUGGCCCACCAGCGGAUGCACACGGGCGACCGGCCUUUCAAGUGCCUCGAGUGUGGACGGAGCUUCAUCCGGAAUUCAGACUUAAACAAGCACCAGAGGAUUCACACUGGGGAGAAGCCUUAUGAGUGUCCCGAGUGCGGGAAGAGGUUUAACCAGAGUUCUCACUUAGUCAGCCAUCGGCGAGUCCAUUUUAAAGGGUCCACUAAAAAUACAGGCACCGACACAAACAUUGCACUGGAACGAGUAAUAGAGUUUUCCUGAAGGUCUUCCUUCUUUGGAAAUCUCCUGUUCUGCUUUUCUUAUAAGUUAUGAAGGUUACACACUCAGAUACGAGUAAAAUCCAUUUGACCCAGUGGGACAUAUUUCUGGGGAAAUAUGCAGACAUGCAUAGAGGUACAGAUACAUGGGAGUGUUUGGUCCAUUUUUAUUUCAUCUGCCCAAAGGCAGUUCACAUUCUUCAUCAAGGAAAAUGAUUUAUGUGGCCUAGAAAAGUUAUGCAAAUUAAGAAAAUUUACAUAUAUUGGUAAAUCUUGCUAGGUGUAGUCUACACGUGUUCAGGUUUAUUUUUGCCACAAUGAUAGCUAGUAACUUGGUUGGUUGGUUGGGGUUUUUUUUCCAAUGAAAAGUGGGAUUCUUCCUGAAAGUAUGAGCUAUCUUCUAUGUGUGUGUGGAAGACACAGUUUUGCACAUACCAGUUAAGAAAACUGAGGCAGAAUGGUAUUUCUCUUAUUACACACCCUCACAUGCACUAUGGGAUGGGGAGGCAGAGUGCCUAAAUGAAAUUCAUUUUGCCAAGGAUACGGAGAAAGAAAAUAAUCUAAACAUAAAUGAGCUUAUUUUCUCUGGGCCCCUUUUUUAUUCACUUCCAUUCGUUUGUUUUCAAGAUGAAAAGUCCCAGCAAGGCUUUUAAUAAGCAUGUUCCACUAAAGUCUUUUCACAUAUCUUAAUAAAGUACUGUAUUAGAGAUGAAGAACCAUCUUAAAAAGGAAGAGAAUUUGUUUUUGUUUUUUAAUUGGGAAAAAAAGGAAAAGGGAUGGGCUGGAUGAUGGAAUUUAGUCAUUUCUUCUCUCUGAGAGAACAUGGCUGGGUUUGUCAAGAAUUUAGCCAUCCAAUAAUAAUUGUAGAAUAUACUAAUAUGUGUAUAUAAUGUCUUCUGUGAUCCUUUAUCGGGCAUUUACAUUUCAUUAGAGCUGAAGCAAAUGUCAAAUGAAUAACUUUGCAUCAAAUGAUGCAGCCCAUUUCAGUUUCAAAAAAUCAACACCUCUGUGAUAAUCUCAGUGUUCACUUUAGUAAAAUGUAUUUUGCAAUCCCAAUGCCUCAUCUGUGGGGAAACAUUCUGAUUUUAAAUACCUCCUUUUGAUAUUUAGGCAAUGUUUUUCUAUUUUAUUAAGGUGGAGGUAUGUACACGUGACCGUCUUUAAACUUCAGUGCCUGUACUUAUUUUAUCUGAAAAGUACAAAUGGAUCCUAAAUACCUAAUCUGGAAUAACAAUAUGAGAUUGGUUACUUUCCAUUCAGAUUUUCAUUAGGUAUUUGCUUGUAUUUAUGUUUUUUAAUUAAUUAAAGAAAAACAAUAUGAACAAUACUGUACUAACAUAAAGUGUGUGUACUUACACGCCGUGCACUAAUACAAAAAGUUCCCCCCGUGCCACCAUCACCCUCGGGACCAGAUAAGAAAUUAUUUCAUUUUAAUCUCUUUUCACCCCUUUCCACUCC